AUGAACGGCACUCCCCGCCUUACGUCUGCCUUCCCUCAGACGCCCCAGACAAUUUCGAGGAGGAGAAAGCUUUUUGAGACUCCCUCUCGUUCUCAGCCUCGCGACGGACGCGAUGGGCGCGAUCGUGCGUCCCCCUCCAAAUCACCCUCCAAGGUGCCUAAGCCGCAACCGCAGGCGCAGCCUCUCAAUACAAAUACACCGCUCGUCCCUACCAACCUGAUCGAUGCACCUUCACAGCGACUUUAUGUGGCCGCUUUUUGGCUCCUUCUGAACUCAUGGAGAGUAUAUGAAUCCUGGACAGCGUCGGACGAGCUGGACUCGACCUGGCUUUUUCUGAAGUGGAUGUCGGUCGAUGGAAUCUUCCUGUUCGGCCUCCAGGCCCUGCGCAUACCAUGGCUGGAGUGGGCUUUCCCAACCACUCUGGCGGUUUUCCUCGUGCAUAUGGUGGGCAACAUGUUCUUGAUGUUCCGCAUCCCGUUACCCUUGGGUGUGUGGCUUUCAGGUCUUGUUAAAGUGGCUUACGAUCGCGAACUGUCAAUCUCAGAGCGAAAAGUCAAACCGGGAGAUAUCAUUCACAAUGCGUCAUUGAUCCUGGGCAAGCAGAUCGUACACAUUUUACCCGAAGGAUCCGCUGUUCUUAACCCGGAGCGAGAGCCACUCUGUCUGGACUCUCAAAGAAACACUGUGAACCUCCCGAUCCGAGUCAAUCAGACGGACCCGAUUCUCAUCGAAGUGUUGCGACUUGAUCUGAACACCGGCGAAAACGAAACCCUAACCAUUCCUGCAAAGCAAUUGAAGCAGCUCAAGCGCCAGGCAGACAAGAGACAUUCAAACCUGGACCCUGUGCCCCACAGGGACCUCUUCUACCCGGUGCGGAAGACCGGUAUAUACCGUCUUCAGCGAGUUGUAGAUGAGUCCCAGCUUGAUGUUCACACGCGCACAUCCGACGCGCUGGUGGUUGCCUGUCCCCGUGCGCUGAUCAAGAACUCCCACACGAACAAAUGCAAGGGAGAACUGUCAAACCUGGUGCUCGAAGUCGAAGGCACGCCUCCUCUGAAGAUCAAGUACAGCCGGCAGGUGAACCAUCAUGACCGUGGAUUUUCCUUCCAGAAUAUCCAGCCGGAUAAUUUACACUCGCCACUUUUGAAUCAAAGACCAGGAGGCGCUUUUUUUAGCAUCAACCAGCCCGAUAUUUCUUGGUCCCAGAGUCAAAAGAUCGACGUUCCGUUGAACGAGUCACUGAAUAUCGGUGGAGAGUGGUUCUACGCUAUCGAAGAGGUUCACGAUGCCUGUGGGAAUGUUGCGAACUACUCUACCGUUUUCGAGGACUCGGAGCGUCCAUCGACUAAAUCGCUCUCCCAAUGGCACCAGUUCUCCGUUCAUGAGCGGCCUCGUGUGUCACUGUCGGGCUGCAAUGACCAGCGUCCGCUGGAGGUUGCGCGUGGAGACAGUGUCAAUCUACCAAUUGACUUCCAAAAAGUUGGAAACGGUUAUGUAAAUGACGGUCCCUUCUCCGUCGUAUACUCGUUUAGCAGUGCCGAUGCUACACAGAAAGAUGGCGAUGCCAAGGCCUCCAAGACGCUUAACUUGAAAACUCUGGAUCAGAAAUCCCCCGUCAAGGAUCCGGGCUGGUAUUCUUUGUUGUCUGUCUCAAGCCAGUUCUGCCCCGGUGAAGUCCUCGAACCCUCGUCUUGUUACCUGCAUAACCCACCCGAGCCCGAAAUUUCUGUCAAAUCCGAGAAGAUCUUCGACCGAUGUGCAAACAAUGCCGUUGGCUUGCUUGUGGACCUGGAUCUGACAGGAUCGCCUCCAUUCCGCCUCCGGUACAGUAUCGAAAGCUCCAAGGGUGCAGUCACAAAAACCCAGAAGAUUGAUGGACUACGAACCCAGCUCGAUUUCACUCCCUCCGAGGCUGGCUUCUACCGCUACCGCUUCCUGGACGUCGAGGAUGCUGUUUACUCUCCGCGAUCCCUGAAGGAUAAGGUGCCUAUCCUGGAACAGGAUGUCAAGCCGCCAGCCUCGGCUCACUUCCUUGGCACCAGACAAGUUCGUAAAGCUUGCUUCGGGGAGUCUGUUUCCGUGGAUGUUUCUUUCCUGGGCGAGGCGCCAUGGACACUGCAAUACGAACUUGUCCACAACGGCAAGAGACAAAAGCAGGUCUUGGAAUCUGAUACAAACGUGGCGACCAUUACCACAGACAAAUUGGUCAAUGGCGGCGAAUACACCCUCGCUCUGACCAAUAUCAAAGACAAGUCGAGCUGUAAGCGGUCCCUCAAGGACAGUCUCAGGAUUAAUGCUCGAUCGAAACCACCUCACGUCUCGUUCGGCCAAAUCGAUAAGCAGAGGAGCGUCUCUGCCCUGCAAGGUUCCAAGAUCGAGAUUCCAUUGAGGCUGAGCGGCGAGCGGCCAUGGACAGUGAAGUACAAGAAUGUGGAUACCAACCCUUCGCCCCUUGAGAAGACCUUCUGGGAUGGGAAUAGUGUGCUAGCUGUGGACCGCGAAGGCCUCUAUGAGCUUGUCGAAGUCUUCGAUAGUUCGUGCCCGGGAACCGUGGACCAAUCUGCCAAGGAGUUCGAAGUGUCCUGGAUCCCCCGCCCACAUGUCGCCGCCGUGGAUGGGUCUUCCGUUGGCCCAACGGGUCAGUAUGCGAAAGCGGAGGUCUGCCAAGGCGACGGCGAUAGCCUUGAGCUUCGUCUUUCGGGCAGCCCACCGUUCAAUCUUCAAUACGAACAACGGCGGAAGACAGACCGGGGAGUUUCUUCCUCCCGUUCGCGCAAUGUGAAGACUGCUCUUAACGUGGCGUCGAUGGAGAUGGACACCUCUGAGCCUGGUCAAUAUACCUACAAAUUCACCGAAGUGGGCGACAAUUUGUACGACCAUGACCCGAAGAGUAAUGGCCUCGUUGUGACGCAGAAGGUGAACUCCCUUCCGUCUGCCCGAUUCGACUCUCCCGGACAUAUCUACGGUUUCUGCAAAGAAGACGUGAGCGGCGAGGAAACCAUUCCGGUCACGCUGGAGGGAUUGCCGCCCUUCUCGUUGGAGAUCAGCAUCAAGCACCACUCCAAUGCCAAACCAGAGAUUGUCACCAUCCCGAAGAUCCACUCGAACCGGCACAAUCUGCCUAUUCCCCGACGUCACCUCGAUCUCGGCCAGCAUGUGGUCAGCAUCCACAAGGUCCGCGACUCGCGUGGCUGCCAACGGACGACCGAGUAUGACGCCUCCUCUGUCCGGGUGGCUGUUUCGGACGUGCCUACCAUUAUUCCUCUUGAGUCUAAGGUCGACUACUGCGUGGGCGAACGGCUUUCGUUCUCUCUUUCAGGACACGCUCCGUUCGAAGUCUUCUAUACCUUCAACGGAGCCCAGCGAAAAGCCACUUCUCAGAACACCAACUUCCGCCGCAUUGCUGAGCGCCCUGGUGAGUUCAGCAUCACCGCGGUCGGGGACGGUGCUAGCGGCAAGUGCAAGGCCCAUAAAGACAUCACUAAGGUGAUCCACGAGAUGCCGAGUGUGCGGAUCAGCAAGGGCCAGGUAUCGGUGGUGGAUAUUCACGAAGGUGGAGAGGCCGAGCUUCACUUUGAGUUCUGGGGAACGCCUCCAUUUGAAUUCACAUACAUUCGAAGCUCCAAUGCUCGCAAGGGGAAGAAGUCGGAGGUUCUUGACAUCAAGCACGACAUUUCUUACGAACACAAAAAGACCAUCAAGACCUCCGACGAAGGUACGUACGAGGUCGUGGCGAUCAAGGACAAGUUCUGUUCGUUUUCCUCGCAAGUCCCGGGCAAGUCGGAGCGAGGGUCAUAA